UGCAGCCAGAGCAAGCGGAGCUUACAUGGCCGUCCAUACCAACACUGAACAAACGAGCAUGUGACUGAGUAGCGGGGUCUGCACCACAUGAUCCGGACCAGUGGAGGAAACCUAAAUCAAUCAGUGGAUAUCCCUUCAUUGCAGCGAUAAGCCGCGAGCAGCCAUGUCAACCAAAACGUCUCUGCUGAAAGUUAUCCUCCUGGGCGACGGCGGCGUGGGAAAGAGCUCCAUCAUGAACCGCUACGUGACCAACAAGUUCGACGCGCACCUCUUCCACACCAUUGGCGUGGAGUUCCUCAACAAGGACCUGGAGGUGGACGGCCACCAGGUCACCUUGCAGAUCUGGGACACCGCCGGCCAGGAGCGCUUUCGCAGCCUGAGGACUCCUUUCUACCGAGGCUCCGACUGCUGUUUGCUCACCUUCAGCGUCGAUGACAACCAGAGCUUCCUCAACUUGGGCAACUGGAAGAAGGAGUUCAUCUACUACGCUGACGUCAAGGAGCCGGAGAAGUUCCCGUUUGUGGUGCUGGGCAACAAACUGGACGUGAGCGAGAGACAGGUGUCCUCCGAGGAGGCCCGGCAAUGGUGCCAGGAGAACGGCGACCACCCGUACUUCGAGACCAGCGCCAAGGACGCCACGAACGUCGCGGUGGCCUUCGAGGAGGCGGUGCGCAGGGUUUUGGCGACGGACGAGCGAGCGGACCACCUCAUUCCCACGGACACGGUCAAGCUCCACAGAAAGCCCCGUUCGGCCACCAGCUGCUGCUCAUAACGUGGAAGCGACCGUCUGCAAUGUUCGUAAAUAAUGCUGUUUAAAUGAUGCGGCUGCGUUAACACCUUAUUGAAACUUCUAACAUAUUUGAUUUGUUCUAUCAGGGUUUGCUUACGUAUGGGGUCAGUUUAAUGUGGGGGAGCACAAAGUGCGUCUUUCCAUAAAUAAACACGAAAGCACUGAAUUCUCCACUCAGUUUAAAGGUCACGUUUUCAGAACGAAUUAACUGCAUUUCAUGUGAGCUUUGUGUGGGUACCUAAAACAUGCCAAUGCGUAGAUGAGUGCGUCGAUGUGUUGAUCAUGUUAAUAUUAAGCAGCUUUGCAUUGUUUCUUAUUGCUUAGGCACAUGUUACUAACAAAUUAAUUGCUUUUUUGACACAGUUUGCACACGUUUUAGCCAUGUAAAUUGAUUAUUGCUAAGUUCUCAAAGCCCAGAUGCUCCCUAAUUGAGCUCGACAUCAAAACUGGAAACUUGUUUCACUUUAUGUAAUCACACAUACUGUACCAGAAAAGAAGAGAGGAAUUAGUUGUCCAAUUUUUGGCAAUUGACAAACACCAGGAGUUUGGUUUGGGGGUGUGUCUUGAACAUCAAGCCUGAUGUUAACUUUUUUUUAACUUUACUGUUGAAAGUUUUCAAACUGAAAUGAAAUGCUCAUUUGCAUCUACCAUUUGCUAUUUAUAUGCGAACCAACAAAUAAAGUAUUGAGGACUAUUUA